AUGUAAAAUUGCAAGGUGACCAGUGAGCAGAACCAUCAUCAUAUAUUGGAUCUGCAAGUUAAAUCCUUGCAGAUGCAAUGUGAGCUACGAUUGUCCUGUAAAAGGACCCUGCCGUCUUUACACUGGCAGGAAUAAAUAAAUAGGAGAGAUACUGUUUGGUUUGCUUUUCUUGAAUGCUGGCUCCAUCUGCUGGUUCUAACCUUGAAACUCCUUUCACCAUGUUUUGCUCUGCAACAUGCACCAAAUCAUGAGAUCAGAACAGAGGUUCAUGCCUCAUCUCUUACAGCAAGCUGACAGCCAGAAAUAUACUACAUAUGGCAUUAAUAAUGUGCUGACUGGGAGUAAAAGGUUUCCAGUGAGCACUGGAGAUGUUUCCCACCAACCUCCUCCAGAGGUCAUAAAUUCAUCUCAGUGACGUAUUUUCAACGUCACCACAACAGCAAUAGCCUUAAUUUACAUUAAGUAAUUGAGCAGAUUAAGAGGGAUAGCUCAAAGACAAACAGGGCUGCCACUGGUUCUUUUUUCUGCUUGAACCCCUCUUGGCUGCACUGACUGUUACCCUGACAACUUUAUGUCACUGUGUCAGAGUUUCAAUAUCCCUGUCUCAGUUUUGCUCAUCUCUUCAGUUGAUUACUUUUGUGCAGGGCCUCGAUGGAUCUUCUGUUUGACUGCAAAGAAAAAAGCUUUGGUGUCUUUCUUUGUAGAAAAUGUCCCAUGUACAGUAUAUUAUGUAAAUGACAAAUAGUUUAGUACUACAACAGGAUAUAGGCAUAUACGUUGGUGUGUGUACAUGUUGGCAUGUAGUUCUUCUUGACCCUGCCAUGUACAUGUUUGUGUACCUAAGCAGGCAGACAGUUUUACUGGGAUGCCUAUCAGCAGGCAGCUGGCUUGUAAUUUGCUCUCCAGAGAUUUGGUUUGACUCAAACGUGACAACAACAGUUUUAUUUGUUGCCGUUCAAAUGGAGAAGUUGAGUCAUAAUAAUUAAAAUUUCUUACACGUGCAUUUCUGCUGUUGGGAGAGAACAAAGGGCAUUGUAUCCAUUACAGUGGAAAAUCAGCUCACACAUAGUCUAAUCGCAUUCCCAAAAUCAUUUCAACUGUCAUUUUGGAGGGACAAACACAGCCAUACAGACUCCAUAACAAGAGCCUUAUAAAGACUGAACUUUUCCCAGUCUAUCAAGUCCAUGAGAGGAGGAAUUUUCUUGAAUCUAGGAGAAAUCAGAGAAGCCACAGUUAUGUAGCGAACUGGGCUGUGGCCUCCAUCUUGUGGCUGAUCCUCCCCCUUGUCUGGAAGCUGUUGAGUUCCUUUCCAGAUGUGGACGCCUGAUCUUUUUAAUGAUACACUGGCGCAGGCAGAGAAUCACAGAAAUGGGGCUUGAAAAAACACCACAAACAAGACCCCAUGAGCUGCUGCUUGUUUUUGUAGCUUUUCUUAGAAAAGAGAAUUAGGACUUCUACUUUCACUUAAGUAGAUUUUAAUGACAUAUUGGACUUUUGGAGAGGCAAGAGCUGUAGUAUUCAAAUUAUUGCACAAUCAGGAGGUAUGUUCCAGUUUUGCUCUGAGGCUCCUUUCCCUAUAAGGCAAUCUCUGAGAAAACCUUUUUAAUUGAGAAAAGACCACAUCUUUGACAACAUCGCUGAAAUGGAGACAAAUUGGUUAGUAAGAGGAAUUCAAGUUGAAAUGGUAAUAGUCAGGAUGCCACACUGAAGAGCUUUGUAUCUCCUUGAGUAGUUUUUAUCAUAAGCAUCCUAUUUCAGUAACAUUAAAGCAUAAUAGUGUCGAUUUUCUCCCAACAUCUUCUAAAAAUCAAAAAGUAAAGCAAGAAUUUCCUCCAUGAGACAUCUGGGACUUGGAUCCCCCACCCGACCCCAUCUCACAUUCACAGUUUGGAAAAUGCCAGUUGCUUAAACAGCAGGUGUUUUUGACUUGGUCAUCCUUCAGAAAGAACAGGUUGCACAGCUGUCUUGUGCGCACACACAAGCAAGGAGAAAGAGAGGGAGAGAGAAUGAGGCACUUAAUGAAAGAUAGCAAACAACUUCUUUACUCGGGUGAACUCUGGGUUCUUGUUGGACAGUUCUGGCAGGGAGAUGCUCCCGCUGUGUCUUUUGUAUGUGCAAGUGGACCAAACAAAAGCUUAGUGAGGAAUCUCUGGGAAGCCCAAGCUGUCGGAAAGGAAUGCCCUCUCUCCCUUGUGGCUCAGUGCUUGAGUCUUAAUCAGUCACUGGAGGAGCUGGUUGAGCUGGGGGCCUCCUAGGCCCGGCAGGCUGACAGGAACUCACUCACUCCUGACCUCACUUUCCUCUUUAAAAUCUAUUAGGUGAACACAGACAAGUAAAAGGUUGGUCAUUGUUGGUGAUGUGAUGAAGAUAAAUCAAACUAAUUAGCCCAUUCAUGGUCAUACUGUCUCAAUCCUGACUUUAUUUCUCUCUCAGUCCAGGGAAUGGCUGAAUAUUUAAAUGUAGGCUACCAGUUGUUCCUUACUCAGUUUUUUUCCCCAGAAAUGUUUUAGAUUAUAUAUGUCAAAUGGAUUUAAGAAAACACAGGCAGAGGCUCUGAAGUAAAAGUGGAAGUUAUUUUUGUCCAGUAUAAAUAAUGGAGACAUACUGUAAAGGGUGUGUGUUCCGCUCCAUAAGAAGGCGGAGUUUUCUCCCUGGGGUCCUGAGCCAAACUAGUGUUAUGUAACGGAUACUCUGCUUCUCAUCCUGAUGUGGAGUCACCCGAAAGUUUACAGGCAGCGUGACUGACUCAAGUCCGGUCUGUGAACAUGGAAUAUGUGAUCAUUUCAGCGGCGCGUCUGCAGAUCGGUAGAAAAAAAGUGGCCUUCAGAGCAGAUUUUUAGCCAAACAACUGUCUUACAACCGUAAACCUAAUUGAAAACUGACCUUUAACGCUGCCAACGAAGUCUUUGUUGGUUAAUGUUCAACUCUAGCCUGACAAGGAAUUUAGAAAUGGGACUUUGCAUUUAGACUGUGAAAGCAGCCAGCCAGACUGACGGACAUGGGCAGCGGUACAAGCCGAGGGAAGAAAGUUGCACCUGUGUGUGUCAGCGAGGUAAACGUGACCAAAACAGCUGCCGGCACUUCACCCGAACAGGACAGCAGUCCGUUCAAGCCUCUCAAAAUCCAUGCCAUUUUGCGCAACGCGCGCAACCGUGCGCAACCGGACUGCCACAGCGAGGGGCACGACUCUGACUUUUCCAGAGAGGACGAUGACAUUGAUGGAGAGCUGGACACAGUUCUUGCAGAUUACGAGGAGCGAGGGAGAGUUUCUGUGAAGAAACACCCCCCCAAAAAGACCGACAUCAGAUCCAAAACAUACGGACUGUGUAAUUUUAGUAAGGACGACGACGAGGACUUAAGUUCCAGAGCCGAGGAGCCACGUGGAUCACACGACGUAUCAAGAGAUGUAAACAAAAGGGGCAAUGAUGCUUUCACACAGUUUAAAAAACACACACAUGCGUGCCCAAGUCAGCACAGUUCCUCCUCUCGGGGCUUUUUGACAAGAGGAGCUUUGUUGGAAGCUGGUACCGCGUCAGAAAAACAAUCGACUUAUGGCAGCUGCCAUAGCCCCACUCUCACCAUGCCAGUCAUCCCUUACCAUGGAUCAGAAGAGGAGCUGAUGGACACUAUUGAGAGAGAGUUUAGUUGACCCCCAGCUGAGAAAGCUGCAGCAAAGCUGUUGCCCUCUUCAGCUGUAUUCAUAGGUUUGCAGAAGACAUUUUAAUAAGUGAAAGUGAACCAGGGUUACUUUUGACAAUUUUCUGCUACUAAGGAAGGAUUUCCUGGAUAAAUGUAACAUUUUUUGUGUUGAGCUUAAACUGCUGCACUCCAGGCCUUUGCAUUUACUCUUAUUUAAAGACACGAAGCAGUGUAAUCGCAUCAUAACACCAACUUGAACUAGUGCCAGGAGGUUCUCCUCACAGCCAAGGUCUGUCCCUGACAGACACCUCCUUGGUUUGUUAUCUGCAGUGGUAAGGUGUCACUGUCACACCCCCCCCCCUCCCCCAGUACCGCUGGCCUCCCACAGAGAACACACCUACUUAUUUGUUAUCUAUUACUUACUUUACUUUAACUUGUCUAUUAAUACAUAACGGAGAGAGAACAGAUGUUUCUCUGGUUGCUGAAACUCAGCAGUCCUUCUCAAAUCUAGCAGCAAAGGCACAUUGUUGACGCUGUACAGUGCAGUGUGUAGGGUAGUUUUCCCAUAGGUGGCAACCCUCCAAAGGUAUGAGCUGGGGUUGUUUAUUUAAGGUUUCCUUCCUGACCACAGUUCCUGCACUUCUCCACCCUUAUGAAAAAGGAAUGUGUGGCAACAGAGACUUUCAGUCAUGCUCAGUUUGACCCAGCUGUGUUUCUGCCUGCUAAUACAAGAUUCAGCCACAUUCAAACAUAAAGGCCUGCUGCCACAUAGUGGUGGAACACAGUAGUUGUCUGAAUGAACAACAACUGCACUUGUAACUGUUUAACGAAAGGUGAAUUUCAACCAGAAAUGUAGAGGAAUAGUUUUGUAAUUUUGUUUUAUAUUGCAAAUAAAAAUGGACUAUUGCUGUA